UGGCGCUACUUGUUAUAUCUAUCCUCUUCAUUAACCACCAUGAGCGCCAGGCUGUUCGAAAUCAAAGGAUGGGCCCACAUUACAAUAGCCAUCCUACUGACCGUCAAACCAAGUGUUGUAUAUAAUUCCCCAAUGACCCCAACGAAAUUAUCUAAAACCGACUACAAGCACAUUUCUGAUGCUGCCGUAGCACCCGGAUUCAAUCAAGCGAUAGCAUGUAUGGUGGCGGCAGUCGGCGUGGGUUUUAUUGUUGGAGCACGAUCUGGUCCGGCUGCAAGACCGGCACUAUUUUCAAUGACUUUGACAUGGGGAGUGCUGAGCCUCAUAACGUGCGCAACUUCAAGGGGAAGCGCUACACUGCUGUUUAGUGGGAUCAAUCACAUACUGUUCAGCGGGCUGUCGUACUAUUUUGACUCUUCCCUUGUCAAGUAGCACAGAGUUUAUGUUUGAGCGCUUGUAUGUAGUAAAUGUUUCCUGCAUCACAUCGUACCUGUGUCUAUAGACGAUUGGCUACGUGUUACAUUCUAUGGUCACUAGCAUAUUGAAUUCAUCAGAAAUGGGAAACUCUUAGAAAGCGAAAUAUACACUCGAGCUCGG